AUGAUCGUGAAGGACCUAUUCCAAGAGCAGUGCAUCCCUUGGGAAGACAUUACGCAAAACCACAUUGACGCAGCUUGGAGAGCUGCAAGGGACUUCCUCCAACAUGCAGUGUCUUACGUGGCAGACGGAGCUACUUCGAAAACUUUGUUUCACAAGGUGCUUUUGCCGGCUCUUGGAGGUUUACGGCAUACACUAGAGAAGGCAAGCGGAAGCUUCCUGAUGUCGCAUCAACGAGGCCAUCCGAUCACUUACAAUCACUAUUUCACCGAAUCACUCCAAGACACUCGGGCCGAUCGCCAGAAAGAAGCUUUUCGCGAAGCUCUCCAAUCAUACUUUGGUGUUGAUUCUCUCUCGACCUCCCACUCUGUGGAGCAUCCCAUCAAUCUCCGAGGCCUAUUUAACACCCUUCUUCAGAAAACUGUGCCAGAUAUGACACGUUUUGCCUCAGAGGAGGCGCUGGACUGCAUGCUUGCCUACUACAAAGUUGCAUUGAAACGAUUUGUGGACGAUAUUGCCACUGAAGUGAUCGAGGUCAAGCUCCUCAGCGAACUACCUACACUCUUUACUCCCAUAUCUGCGUUUGAGAUGCCCAAGGAGCUGGUCACACAAAUCGCUGGUGAAUCGGAGGAAAGUCAGAGCCUCAGAGAACAAUUGAACAAGAAACUAUGGGUCCUCACAAAAGGUUCUGAUACGUGUCGGCGCUUCGUGGGUAUCAGAGGGCUUGAUCCUAACGAUACAAUAGAUGAUAAGAAACCACAAGGCCUGACAGCACUAUCUGAUAAGUCUUAUUGCUCAAUUGAACUUUCCGAGGAAGAUGUUGCAAUCGAAUCUGAAUCCGACAACGAGCAUCCCACACCACGCAGUCCUGCGAUACCUGAUCAAACUGCCAAAACAGAAUUUGACCAUGAAGGCCAUACCACAGAGCCGGAACAACUCUCCGCUGCCCAUGUUCGAGCGACAAUAAUCAAAAGGGGGAAGAAGAAGGAAAAAGCUGCUGCCAAAAUGCAAUCCCCUGUCGAGCCCGAAUUUGAGUAUCCGGCGUAG